UUCAGACACACCGUGUCUAUGCGCUUACACACCCUCUUCGUGUCGAAGCUCGGCACUGCCGAAGCACAACGACAACAACGGAGAGAGGGUGGUAUCGUUCGCAUCGUCGUCGUCGUCGUCGUCGUCAUCAUUGAAUCGUUUGUGAUUGAGAUGCUUCUACCUGCCUCCCAGCACGCCACACAAGUUCUCGCACGCGCCAAUGAUUGCCUGCCUGCCGGUUCGAUGACGAUGACGGCGAUCGAGCUUGUUUGGGGCGAUCGAUGAUGUGACGUCGUCGAAUUCGUUUCGUCGCGCGUUCGGAAGGCCGGCUUUGCAGUCAGCUUCAGCGCCGAAAAUGAAUCAUUUCAAGUUGGUAAUUCGUCGAGCACUGACUUGCUUGGUUGGUGUGCUAAGCUGCGAUUCACUGAAGGUCUUAAAACGAGAUACUAUCGACGCAAUAGUCAGGAGCAGGAUGUGGAGUGCAUUCUUGGUGUUGGCGAUGGCCGUUGGAGUUCAGCGGGCCGAAGGAUUCUUGCUGGUGGAAUAUCUGAUCGGAGGCUGGAAGACCAACGUUGGACAGUAUCCUCACAUGGCGGCCUUAGGGCGUCCGGCUGGUAACGACUCCAUCGAGUGGUUCUGCGGAGGGACCCUCAUAAGCGCGGAUUACGUCCUUACGGCGGCCCACUGUGCCAACAGUCGAAUGUAUGAACCCCCAACGGUGAUUCGGCUCGGUGAGUACGAUCUGAGCGUAGAUGACGACAGUGACCAUGAGGAUGUGGAAAUUUCCGAAAUAGUGCAUCAUCCCGCAUACAACGGGGUUCAGGCGUACAAUGACAUUGCACUGAUCCGGCUCAAUCGGAGCGUCACCUUUGGGCGAUUUAUCAAACCGGCUUGCCUGUGGAAGCAGCCAACGUUGCCGCCAGGGAAGCUCACCGCCAUCGGAUGGGGACAGCUGGGACACAACGGCGAUCAACCCUCGGAACUGCAUCAGGUCGAUAUCCCCUCCAUCCCAAACUGGGACUGCAAUCGGAUGAUGGCAUUCCCGCGGACCCGUCGCCUGAAGUAUGGCGUCCUUCCGUCGCAACUGUGCGCUGGAGAACUUACCGGAGGCAAGGACACCUGCGAAGGAGAUUCCGGAGGACCACUGCAGGUGACUUCGGAGGAUCCCAACUGUAACUUCGACGUGGUGGGAAUCACCUCUAUCGGAGGAAUCUGCGGCACAGCAAGGAAACCUGGCCUCUAUACCCGAGUAUCGUACUUUAGCGAGUGGAUCGAAUCAGUGCUGCAUCAAAGGAGAGAAGAAUCACAGACAAAUAGACCUGAUCCAUGAUCCUGAGUAUCGUCAACAGAUCACUAUCGAUGUUUAGUUUCCACUAACGGCACCAGGCGGUGCUUGUGAACAAACGUCAUACAGGAACGAAAGCAAUACGAGAGUUGUUGUGAAUAAGUUGUUUGUGUUGGUGAACGAUCAAAAGAAGACUGCUGUUUACUCCCUAUUUAUUACGAACGACAAAAAAGCGCAUUUAUCUCUCUAACAGGGGGCUGAUGGAUAAUCAAAGCAUCAAAAUCGAACGAGCGACUGUUUUUUUUAAUAGAAUUUACAUUACAUAUAUUUCUGAUUUUCAGCUUUUUGUUUUACUUUUUUAUACACAUAAUGAGUUAAAAUAUACAUCAUCAUCCUGUAA